AUGUCUAAUAUAGACCAAAGCGUUGAAUUUCAAACUGAGCCCUUUUCAAGUAUGGAUGAAAAGCUAUCCCAAACCUGCAUAAUAAAUUUUGAAGAGUCAAUUGAAUACUCACCAAAAAAUAUUAAUAAAACAAAAGGUUCUAUCAGAAAUUAUCUUUUAGAGCUCAGAAAUGAAAGCAUAAAAUUCAAAGAAAUGCUUAUAAUAAAACCAGAAAAUAUUGAAAUUUGUUCGAUUGAAGAAUUCUCUGUUAAAGGUGAUUCUUUAUAUUUUCCGAUGAAAAUUAUUAAAUUUUCGGGUGAGUUUUAUUUUCUUAAGCCUAUAAGAAGUGAAAAAAAAAUAUAUGGAGUUCAUUUAGAAGUUUAUUAUAGAUCUAGACUUAGAUAUAGCAGCAUCGCUAAAUGCAUCGGAUAUGUGAAAUGAGAAAAAUCAAAGUUUAUAAUUAUUCAAUACUUUUCGAAAACUCUUGACCAGUUCUUAUCUGAGAACUUAUCUAUUUGCGAUAAAAUCACAUUAAUUAUCAGUUUAACAAAAGGUUUGCUAUUUUUGCAUAUGAAAAAUUGUGUCAACAUGAAUAUUACGCCAUGAAGCAUUUUUGUCGAUGAAGAUAGAAAUGCGUAUUUUUUUGAUUUAGAGUGUGUUAUGAACCUCAAUAUGGAGCCUCAGAGCAGCUUGGUUUAUAAAGAGCCAGAAUUCUCUGCACCUGAAGCUUUGGAUGGGAAGCGCAGUUUUGCAUGUGAUAUUUAUUCAUUAGGAUUACUAUUUUAUUAUAUAUUGACAGGAGGACCAUACAGUGAAUAUAUCGGAAUGGAGAAUUUGCCAAAUGGAUUCGAGGAUUUAAUAAAAAUUAUGAUAAAUUCGAAUCCAAAUAAAAGGCCUGAUGCUUAUUAUAUUAUUGAAGAAUUAGACAGAAUUCUGAUAGAUAUUAAGUCAAGCAGCUAA